CAGAAAGAACGGUAAAAAUGCAGGCAGGGCGCCGGACAAAGCACUCGGGAUGAAAUUGUAUUGAGUGAAUGUCACUUUUUGUCAUUUUCAAAUUUCCCGCCAGUUCCGUCCCCCGUACGUCCCGACGCUCGCAGGGGACGGAACCCAGAUGACAGAUGCCGGCAUCUGCCGGAUUACAUUGUCGAGGACACUGCAGGAGGGAUAUCGCUGGAGCACAGGACAAGGUAAGUGAAGAACAGAUCCCGGAGCAACGCCGCAUGGUAAGCCCGAGUGUAGCUCGGGGUUACCGCUUUUAGUACUGAAA